AUGUCCGCUUUCCCACACCAGUACCACAUCAAGCACCACGAAAAGUCCAUCAUCUUUCUUGUACCGAAAUUUCACCUGCCAGCCCACAUCGCCAAAUGCCAGACUUCCUUUUCCUUCAAUUUCAUCAAGGGUGUUGGUCGCACGGAUGGUGAAGCUCCGGAGCGAGGGUGGGCGGACAUAAACCCCAUUGCUACGAGCACAUGCGAAAUGGGUCCUGGUUCAAGGCGUGAUACCUUGGACGACCACUUCAAUGAUUGGAACUGGAAGAAGAUAUGCGCAAUGGGUUUAAUUUUCCAUCGCAAGUACAAAUUCGCAUUGAUUGAGGUCCAAGAACGUGUCAACGAUCUCACCAAUUUUGAGGCUUCUCUUGCCACAGAUGAGCUAGCCGCAUGGAGGAAGGACAUUGAGGCAUGGGAGGAAGACCGUUCACGACCAAACCCAUUUGAAGACAGAGCUACGACAACAAUGACUCAGGCUGCUGUUCGUCUGGCCAUAUCAAUGGCAGAGGCCACAGAGAUUGAGCGCGGUAACAAUGUGUCCCUGCACAUGGAAACAGCUAUCGCAAACGACGCCGAGGCAGAAGAAGACUUGCAGGCCUACUCUGAUGGAUCAGCAGUAGAUGGAGGGGUAGGAGGAGCAGCGGUCCUAAUGAGAGGAGGCGAAGCAGUAAAGGAGAAGCGGUUUCACCUGGGAAAUGACCAAGAGCACACAGUCUACGAGGGAGAAAUAGUAGGGAUGAUACUAGCAGUCGAGCUACUGAGGGAGGAAGGAGGAGGAGGAACCAUGGCCCUCAGGGUCGACAACCAGGCAGCCAUCAGCGCCACCAACGCCUUCGUGUCCAAACCAGGCCACUAUCUUAUGGACAUAUUCCACAACGACCUGCGCAAGCUAAUCCCCGCGCAAGACAAUCGCAAACUGAAAGUAAGAUGGACACCAGGACACCAGGGGAUCCCCAGCAAUGAAGCAGCCGAUGAGCAGGCAAAGUUAGCUGUGCGAGGAGACAACAGCGAACCCCACGCCAUCCCAAAAUCCCUAAAGUCACGCAACUGGUGCAAUCGCCACCCUCCCCAUCAGCAAAUCGGCCUUGAAACAAAGGUUCAUGAAAGAGAUCAAAGACGAAGCAGCAACUAUCAUGAAGAACUCACCAAGAUACAAGCACCUCCACGAACUCGACGCGACAGCCCCAUCGAAACAUUUCUCCAUGCUAGUGGAACAGCUGCCAAGACGCCACUCCUCACUAUUGUUCCAACUCCGUACAGGGCACACACCAUUGAACAAACACCUUCACCGCAUCACGAAAGUCCCCAGCCCUACCUGCUAACAAUGCCUCCAACGAGAAGAGACCGUCCACCAUUUUAUUCUAGCAUGCCCAAAAGGGGCGCUUCUGAAUCUGGUAUCAAGGCUGGGCAAGAACGACGAAUGGGAGAGGAGCCUCAAGCCGCUCGACAAGCAAAAGGAUGCGGUACCACUCAAACACAACGAUGGCUGAACGGUGGGGCAGCAAAAUAUAUCAUGGAUUUGGAAGACCUCAGGCUCCAACAGCAACGAGCUAGGGCUGCAGGACUGGUGCGAGCGCGAGCUCACCGCUGGGAGGAAGAAGUGGAGUUACUGCGCGAGGAAAUGCGCCGCAUCAUUGCAUUCUUUGACUGGCACGCUGGCUGGUGGGACAUGCAAGGUCCACGACGUGCUUUUAACUCACUCCAAGCCAGAGAGGGCACGCUUGCUUAUGCUCAAUGCCAGGCCAAUCUUCGCCGCACAAUGGCUGUCCACUUCAAAUCUGUGUGGGCAGCCAACCCUUCAUGGCAAGCUCCCUUCGUAGUUGAUCUUCAUUCCUAG